AUGUGUCGGGAAAUCCUUGCUCAAGCGGGCUUGUCGGCAAACAUCGCAAUGACUGCUAAGAAAUUCCUUGCGCAUCAUCAUCAUGUCAUUUGCCCGGCUGACUAUGUUUCAGCGUUGGCUGCAGCUGGAAAGCUUGAGAACCUUACAGGUGGGCAGCCAUUACAGCCAGCACUACUGCGAUUCUGGGAGCUCUUUGCAUCUUGGCGCCCGGACCACCCAGCACUAGCAAACGGUGUGGAGGCAUGUGCUUUUUCUGUUCCCAUACUUCUGUUUGGUGAUGAGGGGCGCGCUCUCAAGAAGCAAGCAGCCAUGGUGCUAGGUUGGGAGCCUAUGCUAGGAUUUGGGUGCCUCAACGAUUGUCAUGAUGACCCUGAGCCUUUGCAUGGCCACAUGCUGAAUAUGGAUGGGUCUACAUACAAGACACGGGUUCUCUACACGAUAAUGCACAAAAAGUCUUAUGGGAAAAAAAGUGAAGUGCUUCUCGAGCUGAUUCAGAGCUGGGCGGCUGACCAUGCGGCUGCGAUGGAAGGAGUGCAAGUCAUCUACCAGGAUGCCUCGGUGUCUGUGAAAUUGGUUCCCAUGGGCGUCAAAUCGGAUUGGGCAGCUAUGGCAAAGCUCGGUCAGCUUGAACGUUCAUUUUAUCACGAUAGCACCCCGUUUGGAAAAGGCAUCUGUCAUUUAUGUUUGGGAAAUACCGAGACAUGCCAUGAGUGGACGACGGAAACAUGGAAAGAUACAAUGGGCGACCGCUACUUUCCCCCAUGGUCAGUACAGCCGGCACUUGUCCAAUGGUUAUGCACAGGUUAUGAGAAUGACUGGGAAAAGGCAGCAUUCUUCCGACUGGAUCUCUUUCAUAUUUGCCACAAAGGCACCAUGGCGGAGCUCGCUGGGUCAGCGCUGGUUGCACUCCUCGACACAAAUUUGUAUGGUGCUGCGGGAUCCUUUGAAACUAAGCUAGCACUCAUCUUCGAAGACCUGAAAAAGUUUGGCAAAGAUGAGAAAAUGACGUUGCAUAUGAGCUCUUUGACUAAGAGCCUGCUACGCAUUUCUGAUGCCAGCAGCUUUCCGGCUGGGCCACUUGAAUUACUUAACAUGGAGGUUGUGUGCUUCUGUUUGCUAUUUUUCCUCUAG